CUAUUAUCAUUGGGCUGGACUUCUUGUGCAGUUCUUAUACCUGGGGAUUGCUGUUUUAUAUAGCUCGCUAGAUUGCUUUGAUCAAGGAAACAUCUCACCAAGAAGCAAGUAGUUCGAUAUUAGCUUUGCCAAGUAACGCAAAGGGAUAUAACUGUUGAUUUCUCACAUUAUCUCAACAAGCAGGAUUGUGUAGCCGUUUUACAGAAAAAAAAAUGCCUGUGACACGUCUACGUAUGAGGCCUUGGUUGGAGAAGCAAAUAGAAUCCAACGAAUUUCCAGGACUUUCAUGGGUCAACAAGGAGGAAAUGAUUUUUCAGAUCCCUUGGAAGCAUGCUGCAAGGCAGGGAUGGGAUAUCAAUAAAGAUGCCUGUCUAUUUAGAAGCUGGGCUAUUCAUACAGGAAAAUAUAAAGAAGGUGAAAAAGAAACAGAUGCCAAAACCUGGAAAGCUAAUUUCCGAUGUGCUAUGAAUUCUUUACCUGACAUUAAAGAAGUAAAGGACAGGAGUAUAUGCAAAGGGUCAAGUGCUGUCCGCGUAUACAAAAUGCUACCAGUCCCAAUAAAGACAGACCGAAAAGAACGCAAAUCCAAAUCAUUCAAAGAUGCCAAAAACAAUGUUAGUAAAAAGAUUGCAAGCUCAUCUCAAGAUGAGGUGGAAGAAUCAGUUCCAAACACUAAUUUUACAGUAGACCACAGCUACACAUCAAAUUCAUAUGAAGAAACUGAAAUGAAUUUAGACAUUGGGUUAAUUGAUGUCAGCAGCAUAAAAGACUGGAACAACUCAUUGGAAAUCCAGUUGCCUGACAGUACCAAUGAUCUCUACCCAUUCCAAGUAUCACCUAUACAUUCUUCUUCUGAAGAGGAAGACCAAGAAACACGUAUUUCAUCAGAUUUAUUAAAUUUUCAGAUGUUUGAGCAGACCUCAGAAUGGCAACAAACAUGCAUAGAUGGCAAAGGAUUUUUUACUAAUGAGUCUGGCACCCAGAGCAAUUGUCUAACUGUCCAGAAUCCAGUGUUUGAUGAGGUGUCAGGAGAAAUUGAGUUAAGGUUAUGUACAGACAUCAAGAAUGGUUUUGAAAUCUUUAAUAUACUAGACCCCACCUUUGCAAGAACUGCAGCACUGCAAGCCAUCUGCUCUUCAUGAAGUUCACUGUCUCCUUGCAAAAACUAUUUAUUGUUGAAGUUGUCAGAUAAAAUCAACUACAAGCACCAACACUGCUAUUUGGACAUAACUUCCUAUUACCCAGCUAAUACUACUCUUCUAAUGAAAAUAACUUGCUGUGAAUGGACAUUCCUCCCUUAUGUAAUCGUGAACAUUUCACUUGGUAUUUAUUCAUCUGCGUUUGUUCAACUACUCUGGUCUCUGGACUGUCUUCAACUGAAAUGAAAAUAAAUUGCAUUAAUGUAAUAGAGCAUAUAGCUAAAUAUGAUUGUCCACCUAUUUGGUUUACUCAAGAUAUUUAUCUAAGCUUGUAAUCUAUGAAAUGAAGUUAAAUGGGCUCUCCA